CACCCUGUGCGUCUGUCUGUCCUUCCUGGGGCGCCGUGGUCCCCUCCCCCUGCACAGCUGAGCCAGAGGGAGAAGACACCAUGACCCCCACCCUCGCGGCCCUGCUCUGCCUCGGGCUGAGCGUGGGCCUGAGGACCCCAGUGCAGGCAGGUCCCCUCCCCAAGCCCACCCUCUGGGCUGAGCCAGGCUCUGUGAUCCGCUGGGGGAGCCCUGUGACCAUCUGGUGUCAGGGGACCCGAGGGGCUCAGGAGUAUCACCUGGUUAAAGAGGGAAGCCAAGUGCCCUGGGACAGACAGAAGCCACUGGAUCCCGGGGACAAGGCCAAGUUCCCCAUCACACAGAUGACAGAGCUACAUGCAGGGACAUAUCGCUGUCACUAUCUCAGCCCCCAGGGCAGGUCAGAGCCCAGUGACCCCCUGGAGCUGGUGGUGACAGGAUUCUACAGCAAACCCAGCCUCUCGGCCCUGCCCAGCCCCGUGGUGGCCUCAGGAGGGAACGUGACCCUCCAGUGUGGCUCAUGGCAGGGAUUUGGCAGGUUCAUUCUGACUAAGGAAGGAGACCACAGGCCCCCCUGGACCCGGGACUCACACCAGCACCCCAGUGGGAAGCUCCAGGCCCUGUUCCCCGUGGGCCCCGUGACCCCCAGCCACAGGUGGACCUUCAGAUGCUAUGGGUGUUACAGGAACACCCCCCAGGUGUGGUCAGAGCCCAGUGACCCCCUGGACCUACUGGUCCCAGGUGAGUCCCAUUACUGUCCCAUCCAUGGACUGAGAUGUCAGCCAGACAGGGGAUGGGAGGGGACGGUGACUCAGAGGGGACAGAGACAGACAGAGAGGAGGGUCCUCAGAGAGAGGCCUGGGGACUGUCAGGUCAGAGCAAGGGGGGCAGGCGGCCCUCACCCUCCCUCCCUCUCUCCAGGGCACCUGCCUGACAGACCCGCCCUCUCGGUGCAGCCAGGCCCCAGGGUGGCCUCAGGAGACAACGUGACCCUGCUGUGUCGGUCACAGAGCCCGAGGGACACUUUCCUUCUGUCCAAGGAGGGGACAGCCGAUCCCCCCCUGCGUCUUAGAUCAAAGCACGGAGCUCAGCCAUCCCAGGCAGAGUUCCCCAUGAGUCCUGUGACCUCGGCCCACGGGGGCACCUACAGGUGCUACAGCUCAGUCAGCACCAACCCCCACCUGCUGUCCCUGCCCAGUGAGCCCCUGGAGCUCCUGGUCUCAGAAGACCUCCCCAAACCCUCCAUCCAGGCCGACCCAGGCCCCAUCGUCACCAGGGGGAGCCCUGUGACCAUCUGGUGCCAGGGGUCUCCGCAGCCUGCUGUCUACGCUCUGUAUAAAGAGAGGGGCGCUGAGCCCUGGCUGAUCAGCACCCCACAGGACCCCAGAAACAAGACCGGCUUCCUCAUUGAACGCACGCACUCAUACCAUGCAGGGAUUUACCAGUGUGCCUAUUACAGCACAGGGGCCAUGUGGUCGGAGAGGAGUGACCCCCUGACCCUGGUGGUGACAGGACUGUACCGUGCACCCUCCUUCUCAGUCCGCCCGAGCCCUGUGGUGGCCACAGGGGGGAACGUGUCCCUCUCCUGCAGCUCACAGUCCACAUCGGGCACUUUCCACCUGCUGAAGGAGGGAGGAGCUGACCCGCCCAGACACAUGGAAUCGGAACCGAGGGUCUCUGCCGGGGGGUCGUGGGCUCUCUUCGCUGUGGGCCCCGUGAGCGCCUCCCACGGGGGGACCUACAGGUGCUAUGGUUCCUCCAGGUCUUACCCCUACGUGUGGUCAGAGCCCAGUGACCCUCUGCACAUCGAGGUCACAGGUGUGCACAGGGAGCCCUCCCUCUUGGCCCAGCCAGGCUCCCUGGUGCUGCCUGGAGACAGCCUGACCCUCCAGUGUCGCUCGGACGGCGGCUUUGACAGAUUUGCUCUGACCAAGCUGCAGAGGCUCACCGCCCCCCAGCGUCUUGAUGGGCAGCACAGCCCCAGCUUCCCUCUGGGCCCUGUGACCCGAGAACACGGGGGCCAGUACAGAUGCUACAGUGGACACAACCUCUCCCACGUGUGGUCGGCCCCCAGCGCCCCCCUGGACAUCCUGGUCGCAGGACUGUACCCGAAACCCUCCCUCUCAGCCCAGCCGGGACCCUCAGUGCCCUGGGGAGCUGAUGUGACCCUGCAGUGUGCAUCUGAGACCCGGUUCGAUACCUUCCACCUGCAAAAGGAGGGACCACUGGACCCUCCCCAGCACCUUCGUCUGCAAAACACACCUGCCCACUCUCAGGCCAACUUCACCAUCAGUGCUGUGACCUCAGGCCAUGGGGGGACCUACAGGUGCUAUGGUUCACACAGCACCUCCCCCUACCUGCUGUCACACCCCAGUGACCCCCUGGAGCUCAGGGUCUCAGGUCUCAGAUGGAACCUGUCCGUCCUAAUUGUGGUCUUGGUGGCCCUCAUCCUGCUGCUCUCCCUCCUCCUCUUCCUCGCCCUCCGACACCGGCGUCAGGGCCAACGCAAGACGUCGGAUGCCUCUGUGAAGGACCCAGAGCCUGAAAAUGGCAUCGAGCUGGACCCUCAGGAGCCACUGUGCAGCUCUGAGCAACAGCCUCCACCCUCCUCGGGCUCACCUNCAGGGGGGAACGUGUCCCUCUCCUGCAGCUCACAGUCCACAUCGGGCACUUUCCACCUGCUGAAGGAGGGAGGAGCUGACCCGCCCAGACACAUGGAAUCGGAACCGAGGGUCUCUGCCGGGGGGUGGUGGGCUCUCUUCGCUGUGGGCCCCGUGAGCGCCUCCCACGGGGGGACCUACAGGUGCUAUGGUUCCUCCAGGUCUUACCCCUACGUGUGGUCAGAGCCCAGUGACCCUCUGCACAUCGAGGUCACAGGAGUGCACAGGGAGCCCUCCCUCUUGGCCCAGCCAGGCUCCCUGGUGCUGCCUGGAGACAGCCUGACCCUCCAGUGUCGCUCGGACGGCGGCUUUGACAGAUUUGCUCUGACCAAGGUGCAGAGGCUCACCGCCCCCCAGCGUCUUGAUGGGCAGCACAGCCCCAGCUUCCCUCUGGGCCCUGUGACCCGAGAACACGGGGGCCAGUACAGAUGCUACAGUGGACACAACCUCUCCCACGUGUGGUCGGCCCCCAGCGCCCCCCUGGACAUCCUGGUCGCAGGACUGUACCCGAAACCCUCCCUCUCAGCCCAGCCAGGACCCUCAGUGCCCUGGGGAGCUGAUGUGACCCUGCAGUGUGCAUCUGAGACCCGGUUCGAUACCUUCCACCUGCACAGGGAGGGGUCACUGGACCCUCCCCAGCACCUUCGUCUGCAGGGCAGGUUUGCACGCUCUCAGGCCAACUUCACCAUCAGUGCUGUGACCUCAGGCCAUGGGGGGACCUACAGGUGCUAUGGUUCACACAGCACCUCCCCCUACCUGCUGUCACACCCCAGUGACCCCCUGGAGCUCAGGGUCUCAGGAUUGUACAGCAAACCCAGCCUCUCGGCCCUGCCCAGCCCCGUGGUGGCCUCAGGAGGGAACGUGACCCUCCAGUGUGGCUCAGGGCAGGGAUUUGGCAGGUUCAUUCUGACUAAGGAAGGAGACCACAGGCUCUCCUGGACCUGGANCCUGGACCCGGGACUCACAGCCACAGCCCAGUGGGAAGCCCUGUUCCCCGUGGGCCCCGUGACCCCCAGCCACAGGUGGACCUUCAGAUGCUACGGCUGUGACAGGUACAGGCCUCAGACGUGCUCACAGCCCAGUGACCCCCUGGAGCUGCUGGUCUCAGGUGACAAACCCAGCCUCUCGGCCCUGCCCAGCCCCGUGGUGGCCUCAGGAGGGAAGGUGACCCUCCAGUGUCACUCAGGGCAGGGAUUUGGCAGGUUCAUUCUGACUAAGGAAGGAGACCACAGGCUCCCCUGGACCCGGGACUCACAGCCACAGCCCAGUGGGAAGUCCCAGGCCCUGUUCCCCAUGGGCCCCGUGACCCCCAGCCACAGGUGGACCUUCAGAUGCUAUGGGUGUGACAGGAGCAGCCCCCAGGUGUGGUCAGAGCCCAGUGACCCCCUGGAGCUUCUGGUCUCAGGNCUCUGGAGUGAGUCUCAGAAGCCGACCCUCCUGACCCAGCAGGGCCCCAUCGUGGCCUCUGGGCAGAGCCUGACCCUCCAGUGUCGCUCUGAUGUCGGCUAUGACAGAUUCGCUCUGUCCAAGGAGGGGGGACAGGACCUGCCCCAGAGCAUUGUCCUGCAGCCCCAGGCUGGGCUCUCGCAGGCCAGCUUCCCCCUGGACACUGUGAGCAGCUCCCCCGGGGGCCGGUACAGAUGCUAUGGUGGACACAGCCUCUCCUCUGAGUGGUCGGCCCCCAGUGACCCCCUGGACAUCCUGGUGGCAGGGCACCUGCCUGACAGACCCGCCCUCUCGGUGCAGCCAGGCCCCAGGAUGACCUCAGGAGACAACGUGACCCUGCUGUGUCAGUCACAGACCCCGAGGGACACUUUCCUUCUGUCCAAGGAGGGGACAGCCGAUCCCCCCCUGCGUCUUAGGUCAAAGCACGGAGCUCAGCCGUCCCAGGCAGAGUUCCCCAUGAGUCCUGUCACCUCGGCCCACGGGGGGACCUACAGGUGCUACAGCUCAGUCAGCACCAACCCCCACCUGCUGUCCCCGCCCAGUGAGCCCCUGGAGCUCCUGGUCUCAGGAGGCUCUGAGGAUCGGCCCCUCCCCACCACGGAGUCAGACAAGCAGAGGG